AUGGCCAAUUGUGUGUUCGGCUCCCCAGACGCGUGGCGCUCGCUCCUUCGCGCAAUGCCAAACGUAUCCUUCCUUGUCCUCUUUAGCUGCGACUUCGACAACGCGAAGGAAGCAAGCCUCGGAGAGACGCUUCCCUGUUCCAUCCAAAAACUGGGGCUUAUCUUUAACGAUUCAGCUGCCAACGCCGUCUCCUACCUUGCCCUUCAGCAUCUCGCCGAGCUUGAACUCGAAUUGCGCGAUACGACUGAUGCCGAUCUUCUGCGGACGGUCCUCGAAGAAUCAGACCGAUCGUUGACCACUUUGUGUGUGUUGGGGCAAUUCCUGUUCCCGCAAAGAAUGGCCGAUCUUUCCGAAUGCUUCGUGGCGACGAAGCGAGCAGCGCUGCGCGCUGUGCAAGUCCGUGGACUCAAAUCAGCAUCGGUUCCAUCAUAUGCGACUCUCUUAGGUGCAUUGCUCUCCAGCCUCAGUUCACCCGUGAUCGAGCGAAUCGGGCUUCAGUGGGAGCAACAUCCCGAGGCCGACACAUUGCAAGUCAUCGACAGCAUACUGUCAUCGACCACAACAUUCCCGUCGCUGAAGGAGUUCGCACUUUUCACGAAUGGGACGAAUGGGGACGCCGUGCCCUUUCCCGAUACUCUGCUCUGUCUCCCCCAACUUGCGCUCCGCGGCGUCUUACCGUCGGCAUCCGAAUAUCACAGAUACGACUGGAAGGCCCUUCUCCGUCAGGGCUCAUAA